CUUACUCAAGCUGGAAGUUGGUGGAGAGGAACGCGAACUCGAUGGCUAGACGGGCCGGCCGGGGUUGUCAGCAGGCAAGCUUCUGAUGGGAUAAGUUAGUGCACAACAUACAUGUACAUCCGCUAUGGCUCUCGGCGCAUCUACCGACACACACGUCGGCUACCCCAGCACAUGACUACCCCAGCGGCGUAUUCUGGCUCUCGAGGCGGAACACCUCGGCUCCCACCUCAGCGCGGUACGAGUCAAGCGAAACAAAGCGCACGGCGUCGUCCAUCUCGCGGCCAACGAGCACCUUGGCGAGCUCAGCGCGAAUUUUAUCCUCGACGUCGUCCUCGUCCUCGUCCCAGCUCUCGACGUCCACGAGCGUAAAGUGCGUGUUCUUGGCCUGCGCGAUAAACGCCGUGAGGGGCAGGUAUUUUGUCCGCGCCAUGAGCGCGCGAAUCUUGGCUUCUUGUGAAUCGGGCGUGUCGCCGUCGUCGUCCUCGUCGUCCUCGUCUUCCCACUCUC